AUGUGGCCUGGGGCACAGGUGGAAAGUGGGCACCUUAAGGGCUCCCUGCAGCAAAUUGUGGCCACCAAUGUGCCCCCUGAGGAUCAAGACAGCUCCGGGGAUGACUCUGACAACUUCUCUGGCUCGGGUGCAGGUGCUCUGCCAGAUAACACCCUGACACGGCAGACCUACCCCACCUGGAAGGAGCUGGGGCUCCUGACGGCCACGCCCACAGCCCGGGAGCCCACCGACACGGACACCGUGGUCACCUCUGCCGCCGCCCUGCCGGCCAGAGAAGGCUCAGAGGACAAGGAGGCAGAGCUCGCCAAGGCGGAGUCUGGCCUCACCACCUGGGAGAGGGCGGCCACACGCUCCUCCAGUGAGGCCACACAGCACCCGACGGCGACAGCAAGAGCCGCCGAGGCCCAGGGACCAGCCACCACCCAUCCCCACAGAGACACGCAGCCUGGUCAGCACGAGGCCACGACCUCCGACCGAGCCGGCCAGCACGACCCUCGUGUUCACAGCCUGGGGGAAGAAGGUCCUCACGCUGCCGAGGGGGCCGCCGUGGACGGAGCCUCCAGCCAGCUCCCAGGGGAAGAGGGCUCAGGCGAGCAGGACUUCACCUUCGAAACAGCCGAUGGGACUGCUUCCAAUGGGGCCGGCGUGGAGCUGGACCAGCGGAACCAGCUCCCCGUGAACGGUGUGGUCACGGGCACCUCACAGAGCCUCCUGGACAGGAAGGAAGUGCUGGGAGGGGUCAUUGCCGGAGGCCUGGUGGGGCUCAUCUUUGCCGUGUGUCUGGUGGGAUUCAUGCUGUACCGUAUGAAGAAGAAGGACGAGGGCAGCUACUCCUUGGAGGAGCCCAAACAAGCCAACGGCGGGGCCUACCAGAAGCCCAGCAAGCAGGAGGAGUUCUACGCCUGACGGGAGCGCCCCCCACCCCCCGCCACGCUAGGCCCCCAUUUGCCUCUUCUGUGAAGAACGGAGGCCCUGCUCCCGGCCACCACACCGCAGAGCCGGGGCUCCCCGGGGCUCUCCUCUGCUUCUCUGACCUCUGCCUGGGAUUUGGGCGCGAGGGCUUUCUUUGUAUGACUUUUCCGCCACAGCCAGCCCCUGGCGUCCCACCUUUCUGACUCAGUUUCUCCAAACUGGUGCCGCCUCCCCCUCGCCCAGCUCCGGAGGCGCAGAGGACCCACCCCACUGCCGUGGACCUGGACAGCCCAGUGGGCUGGAAGAUGCUGGGGCCGAGGGCUGAGCUGACACAGCCGUAGCACUUACUGGCAGAGACCCAGCGGACCUGGGGGCCUGGACCCCGAGCAGCAGGGAGGGGUGGUCCUGCGCACCUGGUCCGGCUCACCUGGCUCGUCAGCAUCACUUGGCUUUUUGGGGGUCUCACUUAGAUAUCAACUUGUUUUUGCACAUGUUUCCGCUAGUUUCUUUGUUCAUAGCCUGUAGACGUUGUUACUUCUGAGGUAAGUUAAGUAAGUUGACCUGGUUGCUCAUCUUGCUUUCCUAAUCGACAGUCAGGAGACAGCAUCAGCAGGGUCCAGAAAACUUUUUUUUUAAACUAGGCGAUGGGAAUCGGGAAGCCAACAUGUAAGCGUCAUUGAGUGUGUCGCUCACGUGUGCAACAGGGUACAGAUCUGUUGAGUGGCCCCGUUGUGGGCUGGCUGACCCUGGCCGCCACGGGCAGCCACACCCACACCCAUGCCCGUGACUGGGGGUGGGGGGUUUUGGGGGGGACAUGGCCACUCCUGGUGCUGAGGAGUCCAUGUGAGAACUGAAUCCUGGCCUCUCAGGCUGGCCAUGGAGGAGAGAGGAGCGUGGGUGGGAGAAGUGGGUCCAGGGGCUUUCCAAAGACCACGCUCUUCCUGCGGGACCAUCGGGGCUGGUUUCUUCUGGAAGAUGACGAGAGUCGCCCGAGCCCGCCUGGCACCCAGCUGUUCUCCGCAGCCCAGGUCACUUUUGAUUCGCUCCUGCGGCCCCACCCUGGGCUGGAUUCAAGAAUGUUUCCAAAGAGUCAUAGUCUUUUGCUUUUGGCAAAACUCUACUUAAUCCAAUGGGUUUUUCCCUGUACAGUAGAUUUUCCAAAUGUAAUAAACUUUAAUAUAAAGUGGUCACGUGAACGCUGCUUCUCUGGCGGGUUGUGUGGACGUGACCAGCCUUUCCUCUGAGCAGCGACAGUGGGGAACGUGGCCUAAAGCUCUUCCCUGUGGGGAGGGAUCAGGGGCAGCCUCCCUCUGGCUUGCUGGAUUUUGGUUUUUGCUCACAUGCUGGAGAGCAGUAGGCUUAGCCAAGGUUAUGUAAGGCCUGAUGUUGAUUUUCCUUGCCAAGCUCGAAGCACCAGCUCCUCGAUGGCUAAAGAAGCACAGCUUGGCCUGAGGCCACUGGCCCGGAGGCCUGGACUCUGAGAUGCCCACCGCUGCAGACCACAGCCCUGCCCGGGCCUCCUGCAAACACCUGUGCUUGCUUAUUUAACUCAGCUGCCUCCGCUUCCCCUUGGCGCCCCGGAGGGGCCCCCCUGUGACUGAGAGACGCCCUGGCUCACGGGGAAGCUGCGCCCUGCGGGCCGCCCUGGCUCACGGGGAAGCUGCGCCCUGCGGGCCGCCCUGGGACUUCUGCUGUGUGACUGGACACGGCCGGGCGGGGAAGGGGUCCGCGACCAUGCUCGUUUCUGCUGGUCCGUAGGACAGUGCCGACCCGUGGCGGGCCCCUUCUUGUAGCCGUAAUAAAUGGUACUUGUC